UACUUUCCGUCGCCCAUUUCCCCCAAACACGCGGACCAAGGAACCACCCCUAAACCUCCCCCCUCCUCGCCGCCGGCGCCGACAUGGCCGUCCACCACCUCCUCCGCCGCGGGAUCUCUGGCGGAUCUCCCCUCCACCCUCUCCGCGGCCUCUUCCUCGUAUCGCAGGAGCUCGGGCGGCGUCCGGCGAGCUCGGCUGCGGCUGGAGAUGCGACGGCUGAGCUGAAGAGCGCGCGGGAGGACGUCAAGCAGCUGCUCAAGGACAAGUCCUGUCAUCCCAUCCUGGUUCGGUUGGGCUGGCACGAUUCUGGGACUUAUGACAAGAACAUUAGCGAGUGGCCCAAGUGUGGUGGAGCUAAUGGUAGCUUGAGAUUUGAAAUUGAGUUAAAGCAUGCGGCCAAUGCUGGUCUUGUGAAUGCUUUGAAGCUGAUUCAGACCAUCAAGGACAAAUAUGCAGGUGUUACUUAUGCUGAUCUGUUCCAGCUUGCCAGUGCUACAGCCAUUGAGGAAGCUGGUGGCCCCAAAAUCCCCAUGAUCUAUGGAAGGGUUGAUGUUUCGGCCCCUGAACAAUGCCCACCAGAGGGAAGACUCCCUGCUGCUGGCCCUCCUUCCCCUGCUGAACAUUUACGGGAAGUAUUCUACAGAAUGGGUCUGAAUGACAAGGAAAUUGUUGCACUGUCAGGAGCACACACACUUGGACGGUCAAGACCAGAGCGCAGUGGCUGGGGUAAACCAGAAACAAAAUACACUAAAAAUGGACCUGGUGCACCUGGGGGGCAGUCUUGGACAUCUCAGUGGCUCAAGUUUGAUAACAGCUACUUCAAGGAUGUGAAAGAGCGACGAGAUGAGGACCUCCUCGUUCUUCCUACUGAUGCUGUACUCUUUGAGGAUCCAGCAUUCAAGAUUUAUGCUGAAAAGUAUGCCGAGGAUCAAGAUACAUUUUUCGAGGACUACGCGGAAGCUCAUGCUAAACUGAGCAAUCUUGGGUCUAAGUUUGAUCCUCCAAAGGGUGUAUCACUUGACUAGCUGAUAUUAGCUGCUGAUGAACUGCAUUUUGGUGUGAAGAAGGCAAGGCACCGUUUGUUUCAACUAUUUUUUGAAGUGUACGCUCGUAGAGCAUGGUUGUGAUUUACGACCGCUCCAACAGAUCGGAUCCACCAAGGCAGUGUUUUGAGUUGUGUGUUCCAUUACUAGAAAUAAAAUCAGAACUGGACAUUUAUGGUACUUGCAUGUUGUAUGACACACAUAAGGGCAAUCAAAUUACACAAUAUCAGGCAGUUCGCCUUUUUCUGAUA